UCAUCUUAGGAUCGUUUUACUACUUAUCUAUUGAUUAACUCACUCGGCGCUCAAAGGCUAAGGACUUAUUUAGUUAAUUUGGGAAUGUGUUAUUGAUAUUCGUGAUACGUUUAUUUUGUUUUGUUCUAAUUUUGCUCACCGGCAAGUGGUUACGGUGGCAAAGAUGCUAUUCUAUUAUGUAAUCCUGUUAUUGCUGUACUGGCCGAGCGCAAAUGGUAGUGAAGACGUCGCGGAUCAGGUAGCAGUCGCCUCUGGGAAUUCAGAUUUAGCAGGUUCAAAAAACGAGAGCCAUGAAAUUGUUGGCUCGUUAUCAUCUGCCGAGCGGAACGACACUACCAUCAACUCUGAAAAUUUAAACGGAUUUGUUACAAUGACAGGCUCUAGUACACCUUUCACGAGCGACUUUACUUCUGAGCAGGAAAAAGUUUCCUCCGCAGAAACCAAAAAACCAUCGACAAAAGCACCGUUUAGAAUAAAUGUCUCCAACGAUUCGAUGACUGAUUUCUCAGCCGAGGCGCGCAUCCUAAUGAAUCUUCCUCAUCCUGGGGGAAACAGACGUUCAUUUGAUGUCCAAAAUGACCAAGAGGAAUUUGAAAUUCUCAAAGUAAAUGAUAAAACUCCAGCGGUUGCCAACUACAAUGAAUUCUACGAAACGUUUCAAAAAAAUAAGGAGACAAAGUCAGACAAAAUUCCAACGAAAAACUUUUCUUACUUCCGUCAAAAAGAACGGAUGAAGCAGAUUGACAACAUAAUGGCUUAUGGAGACAAUCAGAAUAAAAAUCCCGAGCAUUAUUCUCAUUAUUAUUCGCAAAAUUAUGGUAACAUACAGGAUACGGUAAAAAAAAAUUAUGAACAAGAGAAAGUACGCAAUCACCACGGUGUUGCAUCUGAUUAUGAUAUUUUUAGCGAAAGUGUUACGCGACAGAGAUCAACGAAUUUGCCGCCAUCGAGUUAUGAUGCAGAAAAUACUCAUAGCAGUUGGAAACCCGCAGCGCCAAUUGGGCCGACUUAUCAAAAUAAUCGUAACUCAAAACCUUCGCCGAUUGUAGUGGGACCAACUGCUCACAGCUACUCUCAAGGUUCGUCCCAAUAUACUGCCAAAGUUCCGGAAUCGACUACCACCGAAUCAUCCUUUAAGUACCAAAAAAGUAUGUCUGAAGAUCGUUAUGACAGAAAUGAAGACUUUUCAGGCGAGGACUCUGAUUAUUAUGAAAUAACCGAACGACCGCGCAGACUUCACAAGAGCCGACGAAAGCCUUAUUCCGAGUCCUCGCGUAAGCUGCCGAAGGAGCACCGAGGUGAUUCGAGUGAAUCGAAGAAACAAACCUCAACGCGUCCGAAGUUACAUCGGAACAAACCGAAGCAGAAUUAUUGGAGCGAGGAACAGCCGAGCCAAGAAAGUUCCGAGGAGGACGUAAGGGAACACGAGAGAGAUAAUAAUAAUAACAAUAAUGACAAUAAUAAUAAUAAUAACAACAAUAAUAAUAAUAAUAAUAAUCAAGAGAAUAAAAAUAGUUGGAGUCAAGUUGGACCCAACGUUGAAUUCUCACAAUCCAACGGAUACGAAUUGGGUCAAGCUGAUAAGUCAAACGUCCUGGUACCAGUUAAUCUGAACCUCGUUCCGAUUACUCAUUUCGAUCACGCGACUGCUCUGGGCAAUAGUCAAGGUUUUGACAUGACCAAUGUCGGAAUGCCUGGUUUCGUUUCUUCUGGAUCAGUUAUCAGCACAGCAGCUCCUUUGGUCAGCAGUAUCCAGCCCCUGAAUAUACAGAAUCUGCCUCAAGGCGUAAAACAUGCUCAGAAUUUUAAUAAUGGAAAUUAUGCCUACUCGACAGCUGUUCCAGAUAUCGUUGUUGGCCAAAAUUCCUUCCAGAAUCCCGUGCAGACGGUUUUGGUUCAUCAGCCAGUCCACAAUAAAUACACGCCCAAUAUUAAAAGCUACUAUCCCAGCACAGCAACGCCAAUGUUGACGAUGACCCCUACAGCACAUGGUUUGUCAGCAGUGCAGAGCACUGUAUCACCUAAAUCUAUGGUUACACCUAACAUGCAGCUAUUCUAUCCCCAUUCGACAAUUUCUACCGCCCAACCGCUCUAUCAAACACCCGUGCACACUAAUUACAAUAUUGUUGUCAAUCCUAACGGGCUGAAUGGGCAAAAUGUUCAGCCUACAAUGCCCACUUAUAGUUAUGCAGGACAAAAUGAUCCACAGAAGAAAAAUACUUACGCGGCAUCCAAUGGGCAGUAUUUAACAUCAGCUAGUUUCUCUGUCGGCAAUGGAGGGUCUCAGCAAACUCAAAGUUCCCAACAGCAUUCGGGAUCAACGAAUAAUCAGAACAAUAAUUAUUUUGCUAGCACUCAAAUUAGUUCACAAGUCGUGAGGCCACAGCUACAAGCUAACGCUUAUCCGGUAUUCAAAAAUGACAAUAAUGAUGGUAAAGUCAAGACAUACGUUCCGGCCCAAGUAGUACAAGGUUUUAUCCACGCAACUCCAGCGAUUCCUAUGAAUCUGAACCAGCAGCAACAGUACCAGCAAUCUCAGAUUACAAACGUAGGCAAUAAUAUUUUAGCAAAUACUUGGCAACAAUUGCAACAGCUUCAGAAUAAUGGACAGCAAAAUGUUUACAAUCGGCUGCAGUACCAAACAGUCUAUGGCAGAGACAAUGUUCCAAGUACUAGUAACAAUAAUUAUAAUACAAUUAAUGCAAUCCAGGUACCGGUUGUAAAAGCACAGCUACCAGUAGUAGGAACGCAGCAUGUCGAGAUAGUAAAUCCUAAUUUCCAAGCUGUCAACACAAUUCCUAUAAAUCCUUACGGUGGUGCUGUGGUUACCACACCGUUUCCAAUCUUUAGCACACCUGGGGGUCUGGUGACACCUAGACCAGAAGCUAAUGUCAGUCCUGCACCAAUACAUAUUCAAAAUUACGUUGACUCGCUGACGCAAAUAGGGGCGCAGCAACAUAAUCCCCAGCAAGAAAAUGGAGACAUGUACAAUCCGAUGAAUUUUAUUCCCAAUAUGGAUGUGGUCAAGAGUCAGACACUUCUCAAUGGCAAAUCAGGAGAAUCGCUGCCUCCAAAUUUGAGCCUGGUGCCGAUGGUCCCGGGAGGAAAAUUCUACAAACAUUCUCAUGCGGCUCAAGCAGAAUUAAUCACCAAACCGAAACUGAGUUCUGAUUUGGAAAAGUAUGCCGAUGAAAUGUUCAAAGAAUCACUUCGCACAAUUUACAAUACUCACAAAUGGAACAGUGACAAGAGGAUCAAAAAUUUGACUGCUUUAGAGACCCAUGAUUUGGAAAGACUCAAACAAGAGUUGGAACGUUUCAGAACUUCUGUUGGCUCAAAGCCCGGGAAAGAGAUUCUUGAAGCACAUCAUUCAGAGACGCAGUUCCAUACUGCCGAUCCCGGGCGUCUCAAGAGACCCGGCCUGUCUGUAGCUGCAAUCGAAGAACUCUUCAAGGCAGAUUUCAAACUCCCUAAUCAAUUCUCCGGGGAUUCUCAUUCAUCGGCAAGCAAGCCCAGCUCUGACAACGUCAAACUCAGCGACUAUCUCACGCCACCGAGAGUAAACUCAUUCGUUUCCAAAAGCCCUUUCGUCGACAGCAAGCCGAACAAGAAGCGGCCCUCCAAGAGGCCCCACCCUCGGCCGAAUAAUUCUCGCCCAGGGAGCUUAGAAACAUCAGCGAGCAAUCACGUAUCGCAUUCGUAUCGUCGCCCGAACUUUGGCCGCGGCUCCCAUCAUGGUGAUUAUCGUGGGAUGGGAAAUUAUUUUGACAAUUACCCUACCUUUACGACUUCAUCGCCUGAUUUGGAUUUUUUGCAGUUCCCAAACAAUCGCCAGCAUGAUAACACCUGGGACAUCAACCAUCCUCGUAUGCACAACCUUUUGGGGCUGCUCAUGAAGAACAAGCAGCUGCCGAGUGGUACCACCCCGACUUUAAUGGACGACGAGAAUUACCAGCAGUUUAUUAACUAUGAUCGACGUAGAAUGUACAAUGAGGCAAUGAAGCAUAAUAAUCAAAUUAACUCCGCGUCUUUCCAACCCGUUUCGCGACCCGAUUACCACCAUCACCAAUGAUGUCACUGAU